GUGCUUUUUAAUGAUGUAGUGCCAGUGUUCCUACACUAGAGGGAGCUAACUCCCCACUUUGAAUAAAAUGCAACUUUAGCUCCAGAACACUGAGCUUUAGCUCCUUAUGCUAGCUAUGCGGCCGCAAUGACUUUAUUCUUUUUGCCUCUGUAAAAAGUGUUUUUUAUAGCAUAUAACUUCCACGCAGUGCGUUCGACAUGGACGAGCCGGACACGGCAGCGAUCCUACCCGAAGACCUCCUCAGCGCCUCGUCAACGGACGACCAGCUGUCCGACUCUGAGGACCGCAAAGACGAAGCGGGCUCACCGGCCGCCAGCAGCUCGGCGCCGCCGUCGUGCCGCUGCCCCGUCCCGGUGUCCGUGGAGCCGGUGCUCUUCCUCUCCAUGUUCUCGCUGGCACUUCAGGCCCCUCUGACCACGCAGUACCUGUGGGACCGACUGAGUGAGGACCUCGGCUACAAUGGCUCCAGGAGGUCCGAGUGCAGCAACAGCUCAGUGGACCCCGACCCGCUGCAAAAGGAAGUUCAAACUCUGACGGCUCACUGGAACCUGUACAUCAGCCUCGGGGGGUUUUCUGUCGGGCUCGUGGUUGUCCCUCUCCUGGGCUCUUGGAGCGAUGUGGCAGGUCGCAGAACCGUCCUCGUCCUCCCCAACUUCGGCCUGGCGCUGCAGGCCGUGGUCUACCUCGUGGUGAUGUACCUCAAGCUGCCGGUGGUCUACUUUCUGGUGGGCCGGCUGCUCAGUGGCCUCUCGGGGGAUUUCAACGCCAUUCUGGCCGGCUGCUUUGCCUACGUGGCGGACAUCAGCGACAGGAGGUCCCGGACCUUCAGGGUGGCGAUUCUGGAAGCUUGUCUAGGCAUUUCAGGGAUGUUGGCCAGCAUCAUAGGAGGCCAGUGGCGGCGGGCACAAGGUUACAUCAACCCGUUCUGGCUGGUCCUGGCCACCAACCUGGCCUCAGCUCUCUACGCCUACCUGUUCAUCCGAGAGUCCGUCCGUCCGGACCCGAGCGCCAGGCUCCUCUCUGCUCGCCACUAUAAAGCCGUCUGGCGCCUCUACUCCACAGGAGGCAUCAGCGGCGAAGGCGGCGGAGCGCUGCUUCACAGGGUCAAGCUGUGGCUCUACACGCUCUGCUUCUUCCUAGUGGUGGCCGUUCACUUCGGCACCAGAGAGCUGUACGUGCUGUACGAGCUGAGCUCCCCUCUGUGCUGGGACUCGGCUCUGAUUGGCUACGGCUCGGCCGCUCAGGACCUGGCCUACCUGAGCAGCCUGCUGGGGUUGAAGGUCAUGCAGCGCUGCCUACAGGACUCCUGGGUGGCUCUGGUGGGCCUGGCGUCCAACAUCAUUGGGCUGGUGGUCUUCUCUGUGGCGGAUACCACCCAGCUUAUGUUCACAGGUUACGGCCUGUGUUUCCUCUUCAUGGCUUCCACUCCCGUCCUCAGGUCAAAGCUCUCCAAGUUGGUUGACCCAUCAGAACAAGGGGCCUUGUUCGCCUGCGUUGCCUGUGUGGAGAGCUUGUGUUUCCUUGUGGGCAGCAGCCUCUUUAACUCCAUCUAUCCAGCCACUCUGCAUUUCAUGAAGGGUUUCUCAUUCCUGCUUGCUGCCAUCAUCCUCCUCAUUCCUACUGCAAUAAUUGGAGCUCUACAGUGUUUGGACCAGCAGAGGGCACACAGGGACUCUACAUCCUGAGUCCUAAGAGCCGGUUCUGACGCGAUCCAUUUGUGGAGAUUCAGUACUCAUCUUGUCUGUGGUGCUGUUGGAAACUGGGAUCCUAACAAACAUGAAGGCUGCUAUUCUGCAAAGGGAUUCUCCUCUCCAGAGUGACUAAAACGUCGAGACCAAAAAGUGAAGAAACAACCAUGUGGGCUAACCUCCCUCGAUUUGUGAGUCAGUCGAGCUUCAGACGAGGACACAAAUGUCUCGCAUCAUUUAAUCCAGGCCCAUUAAUAUUUUAUAUGUUGACUCGAAAUGUUUUUGUACAGAUCUCCAUGUGAAUUUAUUAACUACAAUAGUUAACUACGGAAUCACAGUAUUGUUCAAUAAUAGCCACGUUGAAAUCACCUUUGAUUUCUGAUUAUAUAUCAAAAACGGAGGCAGCUUUGUCUGUUCCAGUUAAAUCUGUCUUUUUAGAAAAAGUUCUGGAAAUUGUGCAAAAGAAAAAACAAUUAAUAUGUAAUAUUUAAUUCAAUUUUAUUUUGUCCAUUGUGAGAUAAGUAAAGUAUAUUUUUAACUGAAUUUACAUUAGUUGUAAAUGAAGAAACUCUUUUGAUGUGCUGUAAGCAAAUUAUUUUUUUACUUGAAUCCUUGUUGAGUUUUAACAUGUGACGUUUUGUCACACUAAAAAGCAUUUUGCCAAAAACUGUGAAGAAAAAAGAACAAUGUAUUCAUAUGAUUGUUUUGAAUUUGAAGUUUGACUUUUCUAAGCCAAUGAACAACAGUAAGCUUGAGUAUUAUGUUGGUAAUGUUUUAAUGCUGAUAUUAGUAACCUAUCAAAAUAAGGUGGAAAACUCCAAAACUAAAUUUUGUUUGACGGUGGUUCAGGAGGUAGUAGUCUGUCGUGUAACAUAUGGGUUGCUGGUUCAAACCCCUGUUACUGGUUCGACACUUCACCUGCCUUGCCUGAUAGUUGUGGUCAGAGAACCCUCCGUCAGUCUGCUGGGCCAUAUUGUAGCUUAGUACCAUCAACAUGUGAAUGUGUGAAUACCUGAAUAUAUUACAUGAAGCACUUUGGAUUCUUCUGGACGAGAUCAAGAGCUAUACAAGUACAUUUACUGUUUCUUGUGUUUUCAUGCUAUAACAGUGCUACACCAGAUUUUGAUUUCGGAUAAAAAAUAAACUCUGAUGAAAAUAAAUUUAACUUUGAAUCAUUUAUUUGCUCAGAAAUAAUCUUCACAUUUCUGCUAUUUCUGGGUGAUUUCGUCAAAGUCUACGGUUGGAAGUUUUAGUGUGUUUCAUGAAUUCAACUGGUUGAGUGGAUGGGUUUUUUCUAUCAUACAGAAAAGUAAUUAAAAAUUUUAAAAA